GAACCAGAACUUUCACAUCUUGUCUGCGCCAACUCCCUCCACGAUCCUUCUACUGUAUUCCAGUCUGUAAUCCCAGCAACCUCACCCAGGGCUCUAUAUUCCUUUACCCUCACCCUCUAACCAUGGAGCCGACGGGCACCUUCCGCGCGCGGCGGGCGCCCUCACCUCCAAAGUACAAGGACUACCCCCUCACCUACAGACAGGACCACUUUGACGCGGACGAGAGGAGAGCGGCAGCCUCGAAGGGGUACGCGCCGGGCCGCAAGUACUUCCCGCCCGGCGGUCUGCAUUUGACGUCGGGCGAAUGGAAGCUGCUGCUGGCGAUCAUUGGGCUUGCUUGCUGGGUGCGCCUCUGGCAUAUAUCAUGGCCGAAUAGUGUUGUCUUCGAUGAGGUCCACUUUGGCAAGUUCGCGAGCAAGUACAUCAAGACGCAGUACUUUAUGGACGUGCAUCCCCCUCUGGCGAAGCUGCUGAUCACCCUUGUUGCCUUCAUCUUUGGAUAUGAUGGGCACUUUGACUUCAAGGACAUUGCAAAAGUCUACGACGACACCACCCCCUACGUCGCCAUGCGCAUGCUCCCUGGCAUCCUCGGCGUCGCGACCGUACCCCUCGCCUACCUCACCAUCCGCGCGCUCGACUGCCGCGCGACCACCGCGCUCCUCGCCUCCGUCUUCAUCAUCUUCGAGAACGCGAUGGUCACUCAGUCUCGCCACAUCCUCCUCGACUCGCCGCUCAUCUUCUUCACCGCGCUCAGCAUCUUCUUCUGGGCUGGCUUCUGCAACGAGGACAAGCACCAGCCGUUCACGGAGACGUGGUGGGCCUGGCUCGCGCUGUCGGGCCUCUCCCUUGGUGCGGUGCUGAGCUGCAAGUGGGUGGGCCUGUUUACGGUCGCGACGGUCGGCUUCAGCACGAUCUAUCAGUUAUGGCAGCUCCUAGGUGACUUGCGCGUGCCGCCCAGGCUGUUCGUCAAGCACUUCCUUGCGCGCGCCCUGUGCCUGAUCGUCAUCCCCAUCCUCUUCUACAUGUCCAUGUUCCAGAUCCACUUCGCCAUCCUCCAGUCCUCGGGCGACGGCGACGGGUUCAUGUCCUCCGAGUUCCAGCACACGCUCUCCGGGCGGCACAUGGCGGACACCUUCGCCGACGUCGCCAUCGGCUCCACCGUCACCAUCCGGCACGUCAACACGCAGGGCGGCUACCUCCACUCGCACCCGCACAACUACCCGGGCGGGAGCAAGCAGCAGCAGGUCACGCUCUACCCGCACCGCGACUCGAACAACGAGUGGGCGGUGAUCAACGCGACGGCGGAGGACUGGGACGCGUGGCGCGACGCGGAGGAUGUCGCGUACCUCACGCACGGCACGCGCAUCAAGCUGCGCCACAUCCAGACGCAGCGCAACCUGCACUCGCACGACAUCCGCCCGCCCGUGAGCGACGUCGACUUCCAGAACGAGGUGUCGGCGUAUGGGAUGGCGAACUUUGCGGGGGACGCGAAUGAUGACUGGAUUGUGGAGAUUGAGCAUGGGGAUCGGAGGGAUAAGGAGUCGUACAAGCGCGUGCGGACCCUACGGACGACGUUCAGGCUGCGGCAUGCGCUCCAGGGGUGCUACCUGUUCUCGCACAAGGUCAAGCUGCCGGACUGGGGCUGGGAGCAGCAGGAGGUGACGUGCAACAAGAAUGCGGUGCGCGACAACUCGCUGUGGUUCGUGGAGACGAAUGUGCAUCCCAACUUGCCAGACGACGCGCCCAAGGUCAACUACCGCCUGCCGGGCUUCCUCUCGAAGUUCUGGGAGCUGCAGCAGGUUAUGUGGACAACGAACCAGGGUUUGACGGACCGUCAUACGUUUGACUCGCGCCCUGAUUCCUGGCCGCGUCUGCGCCGUGGCAUCAACUUCUGGGUCAAGGACCACCGCCAGAUCUACCUCAUCGGCAACCCUAUGCUGUGGUGGCUGAGCACGGCGGCUGUCCUCGCCUACGUCGCCUUCCGCGCCUUCGUCAUCCUGCGCGCCAAGCGCGGCUACCGCGAUAUGGACAACAGCAAGGUCCUCAAGUACGACGGCCUCUGUGGCUUCCUCUUCAUGGGCUGGGCGCUGCACUACUUCCCCUUUUACCUCAUGGGCCGCCAGUUGUUCCUCCACCACUACCUACCUGCUUUGUACUUCGCCAUCCUUCUUCUUUGCGUCGUCUUUGACGUCCUGACGUCAACACUGCGCACGCGCUAUCGGCUGGGUGUGGCUGCGUUGUUGCUGUUGGUCGCCAUCGCGAACUUCAACCAUCUGAGCCCGUUGGCUUAUGGCACGCCGUGGACGAAGAAGCAGUGCGAGAGUGCGAGGUGGCUGAAGACGUGGGAUUUCUCGUGUAACGACUUCUUUGACGAUUACGCCAAGUACGAGACGACCAUCCCGCACACGCCGCAAAAGUCGAGCGUCGCCACCGUCGGCGGCGAGCCCGGCGGGCGCGCGCCCAUCGUCGUGCACGAAGAGAAGCCCGCGGAGGAAGAGCCGCACACGUCCGCAAUCGGCGCGAAGGUCGAGCCCGGGCGCAACAUCUUCAACGAGGAGAAGAAGGACGUGAAGAGCGCCGCGGCGCCGGAGCGCGUCGAGGUCGUGCAGGAGGAGAAGCAGAUCAGCUCCGUGCUGACAAAUCAGGGCGAGGGCGGGGCGAAGCACCCGGAGGGCGCGCCGGUGCAGGAGCAGGGGAAGGAAAAGGUGGAGGAGAAGGUGACGGUGGCCGCGGUGGCGGAGGGCACGACGCAGGAGGUGCCGGCUGAGGAGGCGAAAGUGGAGCAGCCUGCCGAUGCUGAGAAGCCGGUGGAGGCAGAGGAGAAGAAGGAGGCGGGCCCUGCGGGCGAGGCUGAGGUCGAAGCUGACCGGGUGGCGCAGGAGUUGUACCCCGAGGCCGCGGAUGCGGCUGCAUGAUAAAAGUACAUUGAGAUACUGAUGUAUUUAUUUGCGCAUCUGCCAGGAGUGCAUAUGAACGGACUUUGCAGGGCAGAUGGGGUGCGAACGACCUGGCUGAAAUGAUACUCGGCCGUCUCCGGGGCAUCUGACGUUCGAUCCUCCAAACGACGAACUGCG